AUGAAUAAUAAUCAUUGGAGUCCGAAUCAUUUCGUUCCUCUAAUGUCGCCAAGUAUACGGCAUGAAUAUGUUGGUGGUAGUCAUAUGAAAUUGUUUAACAAAGUGAGUGAUAAACUCUUAUGUGCAGAUCCGAAUUGGCGUUAUGUUUAUUUUUAUUUUUCACAGACGUCUGAAAAGAAAACAACGAAGAAUAAUCACAAUUCUCAUGUACGGAUUCCUGAAUUUCAGUCUUCACCUAGUAGACGUUUACGUAGCGAAACUAGCACAAACANNNUAAAUCAAGAAAAAUGGGUGACGAAAAAAAUUUCUCUUCACAUAUCAUUCCAAUCGCAUUCACCUGCACAUCCGUUCAUUGGAAAUGAUGUCGAGCAUCUCUGGUUCGUGUCGUUACUUCGAUUGGACCUAAAUCAAGAAAAAUGGGUGACGAAAAAAAUUUCUCUUCACAUAUCAUUCCAAUCGCAUUCACCUGCACAUCCGUUCAUUAGAAAUGAUGUCGAGCAUCUCUGGUUCGUGUCGUUACUUCGAUUGGACCUAAAUCAAGAAAAAUGGGUGACGAAAAAAAUUUCUCUUCACAUAUCAUUCCAAUCGCAUUCACCUGCACAUCCGUUCAUUUGA